AUGGCCGCCCCGUCGUGCUUCGGCCUGCUCGUUCCUCUCUGGACCGCGUGCAUGGCGCCCAGGAAGCGGCCUGCCGCCGCCGCCGCUCCAGAGUCGCCCCCCGAGCCUGGGCGGCGGACCGCGGCGAAGUCGAAGGCGAGGGCGGGAGAGGGAGGCGGCGAGCGCCUCGCAGAGGCCGUGGGGGUCGAGGGCGCAGCGCCGCGAGCGGAGGCGACAGCGGAGGCGACAGAGGAGGCGGCAGCGGAGGCGACAGCCGCAGCGCAGGAGGCGCGUGCCCUGCCGACGAAAGAGGAGGCGCGCUCGCCCCCCCCGAAGAAAGCUCCGAAAGGGGCUCGCGACCAGGCGCAGAUCAACACGAUGCUCACUGGAUUGAGGCAAGUGGCGAAGGCCAAGGACGGCGAGAGGGCCUCCGAGGCGCAGGUCGCGCUCGACUCCUACAAGAAGAUGGAUUGGGAGCAGCAGGAGAGCUUUCUUGAUGUGUGGCGCAAGAACGGAUCUUCCUGGAAGGGGUCCCUCGCCUGGACGGUCCAGUUCAGGGAGUCGCGCGGCAAGCGCGACGAGACGACCGUUGGCUCGAAUGCCAAUUGGCGCACGCCUGGCCAGAUCUUGAAGGAGGUCGGGUAUCAGAUCAGCGACUUUGACGACGUCAAAACGGCCAUCGCCUUCGCUGUGGCCGAGGCCGAGGACAACCAGAAGCAAUACGGCACGGAGCACGCCGACCCCGUGCGGAGCCGCUACUACUUCAUCGUCGACCACGGGAAGACCAGGGAUAUCACGUCGGGGACGUCCCAGAUGCUCACGGGAAAGCCGUGCGAGAGCAAGGUGAGAGCGCUGGCGGGCGGGGGGGUCUUUCAGUCGCUGGGCGUCGCCGCGAAGGAGAAGAUUGAGGAUCGCGAGGCGCUGGCGGCAAAGCUUGACGGUAUCAAGCACGUCGAAGAAGUUUUGCAGACCUCCAUCGGCGAGGCCGAGGAGCUCUGUGCGAGGGCCGAUAUCUGCGCGGAGGACAGCGACAAGGACGAGAUGGCCAAGCUCGCGAAGGCUCUCGGGGAGGCGACGCAGGACGGCGAGACCCACAAGAAGUGCGCGACGGAGAGGCUGGCCGACCUUAGCAGCACCAUGGCGGACGAGACCGCGGUGACGCUGCUCCUGGAGGCGGCGGAGGAUAUCAACAAGCGGCGGCGCGCGGCGGCCGCGGUCUUGCAUCCCACCAGCAAGGGCCUGCAGGAGUUCAUGGACGACGGUGAUGGCGACGACACGGGCUACGACGAGGCCACGGGCGACUACGCCAGCUACGACGGUGGCAAGGACACCACCGACGGUGGCAAGGGCUACGACGGUGGCAAGGGCGACGGUGGCACGGGCAUCGCCAACGGCUACGACGGUGGCAAGGGCAGCUCGAGCAAGGGCUUCGACAAGGGCCACGACGAUGGCAAGGGCAGCGGCGAAGGCUACGAUAUCGACAAGGGCCGCGACAAAGGCUACCACGGUGACAGGGGCGGCGCGGGCUACGACGGUGGCAAGGGCGACAAGGGCCACGACCGCCGCUACGACCCGUACAGCUCCAAGUGGUAUGACCGCCACAGCUCGUGGUACGACCGCGACGGCGAUGACUACGACACCAGGUGGUGCGACCGCAAGCGCUGGGGCGACUACGACAAGGGCUCGAGCAAGGGCUGCGACACCAGAGGCUACGACAGCUCGGGAUACGACAAGAGUGACAACUACCAGCGUGGCUACGACAACCGUGGUUACAACAGCCGUGGCUACGACAACCGUAGAUACGACAACAGUUGCUACGACAACAGUGGCUACGACAACCGUGGCUACGACAAUUGCGACAACAGUGGCUACGACAGCCGUGGCUACGACCGCAAGGGCGACAAGGGCUACGAUCGCAAGGGCUACGGCGUCGGCAAGGGCUACGACGGUGACACGGGCUACGACGGUGAUCCAAGCUACGACCGUGGCGAUACAGGCUACGACAGUGGCAAGGGCAUCGACAGUGGCAAGGGCUACGACGGCGGCAAGGGCGAUAAGGGCCACGACGGCGGCAAGGGCUGGCGCGAGGAGAAGUCCCGCGGCGGGCGCCACAUCAGGCUGGCGAAGGCCCUUGCCACCAAGGAGCAGCUGAGCGGGCUGCAGGACAUGAUGUCGGACCGCGGCAAGGCCGACUACAUCGGGUGGAGCAAGCGGCACGACAGCACCCAGGGCCUCAUCAAGGCCAAGAAGUCGGGCGGCGACGCGGCGGUCGGCGACGUGAUCUCCUUCUUCGACUGCCACGUGGCCCCGCAGCCCGGCUGGGUGAAGGAUUUCUUUAGGCUCAUCGGCGAGAAUUAUCGCCGCAUGGUCAUUCCACAGAUCACUGCCCUGGACGUGGACACCUGGUCGCAGAAAGGCAGCGGCGGGGGCAUGGCCAAGUGCUACGUCACCUGGGACGGAGACUUCAAAUGGGGCGGCAGCACGGACGACAUGUACAUGGGGAUGCUGUCCGGAGGCUUGCUUGCGAUGUCUCGCCGAUGGUGGAUCGAGAGCGGCGGCUACGACGACCAGAUGCUUGGCUGGGGCGGAGAGAACAUCGACCAGGGGAUCCGCAUGUGGGUCUGCGGCGGCGAGAUCGUGGCGGCGCCCAACUCGCAGGUUGCGCACAUGUGGAGACUGGGGAGCGACAAGAGGACCGUGAAGCGCUACAAGUCGGUGGGCGACUCGGAGUUCAACCGCGCCCGCGCCAUCCACGCUUGGAGCGGUGAGUUUUCGGAGAAGCUGUACCAGUACGCCGGCUUCCAGUCCCGGAGGGCACGGGGCGGCCCAGAGUGGAUUGGGGAUAUGGGGAAUUUCGACAGGGCGAAGGAGAAGCUCAAUGGCUGUAGGCCAUUUGCGUGGUACCUGCGUCGUUUCAAAGCCGUCUACGAGGACGCCGGCCUGAUCCCCAGCGAGAUCUUCAUGAUCAAGCAUCAGGAGACCGACAAGUGCCUCUUCUACCAGGGCAGGGCUGGCACCUCUGGCCAGGGCAAGGAGGGCGUGGUCCUGCGGGACUGCGACCCUUCUGUGGACAGGUUCAUGUGGCACCUGGGCAACCAAAGGCCUUCCGACACUGCAUACUACGCAUCCGGGCCGAUGGCCUCCGUGAGCGCGCUGCGUGCUGGCGCCGCCCUGUGCCUCGCGAUCGCCGCGCCCGCGUGUGGCUUACAGGCCUCCGCGGAGGGCGAGGACGCGUCCUUGGAACUGCAGGAUUGGCCCUGGAGCCGGCGUUCGGCCCCCGGCCGCGGCGGCGAGCGAGCGCCCCCUGGCACCGGCAAGGUAUUGCUGAGCACCAUGACGUUCCCCGAGGACAACCUGCCGCUGGACGUCACGGUCGCCCACCAGGUGCGCAUGGUAUCCAAGUACCCCGACACCAUCCAGCACGUCAUCGUGGACAACCGCCCGCCCUGGAUGGAGCCCGUGAACCGUCAGGAGACUAUCCUGCAGAGCAUGAGCAAGAACAAGAUCUCGACCGUGCGCAGAGUAGAUUACAGCGUAUACGACUCUCCGAAGUACCUCCAGAAGUUCUUUGAGACAGGCAACGAGACCGAUUCGUGCAAGACCCUGGAGGACGCGCACGACAUGUCGGACAUCAGCGGGCAGCACAUGUCCUCGAACACGCACGGUAUGUUCAACUUCUUGGAGGCAUGCUUGACCGCGGAAGCGGCCGUGGAUCUGUGCGUUUUCCUCGACCCGGACAUUGUCGUCUACAGAAAGGACAAGGGCAUGAUCGAGAUGGCGCGCGAGGUUUUUGCGGCCCAGCCAACGGCGAUAGCGCUGAACCCACCGACAAUGUGCAGCGCCUUCGACGAGGCUGGUUCGGACACCUGCAAGACGAAGAGGCCGGGGAUGCUAAGCCAGCGCUACCUGAUCAUCAACCGCCAGCGCCUGACAAGCGCCUUGCCUCUCAAGAUCCCGCACGAGGAGUUCAACGUGAACUUCGAGCACCUCUUCGGCGACUCUCUGCGCCGCGUCAACUCGGGUGGGCAGCGCAUGAUCUGCAGCGGCGCAUUCGCGAUCCACCCCUUCAGCGCCCGUUGGGCGCACUGCCGCAACAAGAAGGAGAACCUGAACAUCGAGCGCCACUCCAAGCUCGUCGCGCAAUCCGCGAAAAAGGAGACGUCGGGCGACUACCACAGCUUCGACAUGACCAUGGUGGAGGGGCUCAAGGAGAUGAUCUCCCGGGUCGAGGCCGGCAAGCUGGCGAAGCCGCAGGAGUCUGGCGAACCCGCAGAACUCCAGAGCGUUUCCAAUAUGUGCGAAGACAUGUGCGUCGACCCGAACCGCAUCGCUCAGGGGCUCGCGUGGUAA